AUGAGCGAAGAGAUAAAGCUAAGAGACAUAGUCGAUGAGAUACUACAGACCAAGGAUUUGAACGAUGAUGUGUUGCUAACACUUUCAUCAAUAUUCCAUCAGACAUUGUUUGAUUCACUACAGAUCAUUGAUAAGAAGAUGAUCAUUAGAUAUGUAUUCCAACCAUCAAACAGGUCAUUCUACGUUAUCAAUGGUACAAAGGAUACAAAGUAUCUCUGUUUACUUGAAGGUGACUAUUGUAGUUGUCCUUCAUUCAACUUCUCUGUACUAUGUAAACAUCAAUUGGCAGCAAAGAUAGCAGAAGCACUUGGCAAUGCAACUGUUGUUGAGUUUGGUGACAAUGAGUACAGUUCCAAAGUGUCAUAUAUUGAAUCACUUUCCAUUAGAACUCCUUCACAGUCCAUGCUAAAGAAGGGUGACCAACAGAUGUUGCAACAGAACAUCAAAGAUCGCCAAUCAGAGACAAGCAUGUUUGAUUGA